UUCUUUCACUUUUGUAGAAAUACUGUGUGCAUAUUGUUGGAUUGCAGGGUUACAGUCGCUGUUUUUGCUCCCUUAACACAGGGGAGGCUUGACUAUGGCAGGUUUUGAGGACAAUCCCUUCGCUGGGGACUCAGAAAAUCCGUUCGCUGAUCCAUCGGUAGCUUCAGUUACGAACAAUGCCUCUAGAGGACUGGAAGAUUUUAAUCCAUUUGCGGACGCAAACAACUCGCAACCAACAGGCGCUAAGCCUAAGACAACACCAGCUGUCCAACCCCCUCCUCUCCAGCCAACUGCAGCAGCUCCCCCUUCUCAGCCAGCUGUGCUUCCAGCUAAAGAAGAACCUCCUGCUUACGUGAUUGCAGAAGAACAGGAAAAUCUAAGGAAAAGGCAAGAGGAUUUAGAACGUAAAGCGGCAGAGCUUCAAAGGAAAGAACAAGAGUUACAAAGAAUGCAAUUUGGAGGGUAUAGGGAAAACAAUUUCCCACCUCUCCCACAACGGUGUCCUUGCAAGCCAUGUUUCUUUCAUGAUAUCAGCAUUGAUAUUCCCAUUGAAUAUCAGUGGACUUGUAAAAUGGUUUUCAUCAGGUGGCAAGUGUACAGUUUUACAAUGGUUUUCAACUUCCUUGCUGCAUUUGCCUUGCUUGUUAAGGGUGCUGACCAAGUACAUGAGGGAGAAACUUUUGGAUUAUCCAUACUCUACCUAAUUGUAAAUGUUCCUUUUUCAUUUCUUGGUUGGUACCGACCAUGCUAUAAUGCUCUGAAGAAUGACAGCUCCUUCAGCUACAUCAUAUUCUUUCUCAUCUACUUUCUUCACAUAGGACUUAAUAUAUUUUACUGUCUUGGUUUUCCUGGUGGUGGAACCUGUGGUUUUAUCAAUGCAACUCAAGUAAUUCACCAAGAUGUAGCUGUGGGAGCCAUGAUGUUCAUAGCAGCACUAUUGUUUUUAGUGGGUGUCAUUGCGGAUAUUAGCCUCCUUAUGAAGGUCCACACGAUCUACCGAUUAGCUGGUGCGAGUCUGCAAAAGGCACAGGGUGAGUUUGCAAGUGGUGUGGCUUCCAAUCCACAUGUGCAGAGUGCUGCAACCAAUGUUGCUGCUGCUGGAGUGCGAAGUGCCAUGACCAAUCAGAAGUGAGCAGUACUGGAAGUGGAAGGAAGUACAAUUACACGUUUGAAGAAAUGCAUAAUCACAGGCUGUGUAUGGAUAUGUUUUGCCCAUACAUUGAUGAUCACGUAUUUUUGGAACAUUUUUCUAAUUAUAUUCUUGUGUAGAACCAUUUUCAUUGUUUGUGAGAGAUGAGAAAUUAUGGUGCCACAGUAUUUGCUUUGAAAAGCAUAGUUUUUAGUUUAAUCAGUACAAGUUGAACUAGCCUUUAAAAAUGUAUCAACACUUAUAUGAUAAUUUCCUGGUUUUGUUUUGGUUUCCAGGAUUCAAUAAGACCAAAAUUGGGGAAACUAGGAAAGUGUUAAUGGUCUUUUUCAACCAUACCUUAAAGUAAUCUAGGGCUUUCUUUUACUGUGAAAAGAUCCGGAUAACCUGGAAGAAAGCCAAGGCAAAAAGAUUAUGUGCCGAGAGUUUUGUUAGCUUGUGCAAGCGUCAGUCCUGUGUAAUUUAUUCAAGUGUAAGGCCAUUGUAGUGAAUUGGAGAAAGAAAUUGGGAGCUUCAAGAACAAGGGUUGAGAAAUGUAGGAGAGAUGAUCUAGAUGCCCAGAACAAGAGAAAAUUUGGACAAUUUAAGAUGGGAGAAGAGCUUAUGAAUGACAGUAGUAACUGUUAUUCUUUUAUAUGAUAAGCCAUCCUGUUCUUUGCUCUAUAGUCAUCAGUAAAAAUUUUCAUUCCAAAAAGUGGGCUUAGAAGGCUGAUAAACUAGUACAGAAAAGGAUACUAAUGAUGUCCACCAUUUAAAAAAAGAGGUUUAGUUCAUCUUAGAAUAAAGCAAGCCUAAGGAGAAGUGUACUAAGUUAAAUAUUAGCCCAAUUUGUUACAGUGUACAAUCCUGAUUUGGGUUUAUUUUUGGUUAGGGUUGAAUGAAUCUGCAGUAAAUUAAAAUUAUAUGAUUUAUUUAUCUAAUAUAAGGUAGCAUUAACAUCUAGUUUGGCCUAGCCAAAGUCUUAAUUUGUAUCGUAGAACAUACAGGUAGCAAACUAUUGUAUAUCUAGUGACACUACUUUUGCAAAGUUUAUGGGUUUCCAUUCAUUUCACUUAAGAUUGAGGGGAGCAUUUGAAAAGUGAAGUGUUACACUGAAAAGAAGUUUGUUCUUCUGAAGAUUUUUUUGGAUUGCUAUUUGUACAGUAUACUAUAAAGUUUUGUUUGAUAGGGAACAUAACUUUCUCUAAGAGAGUACACCACUAAAUGGAAGUAGUCACUCCACUUUUCAGUUCAGAAGUGUUGUGACCAGUGGACCAAGGAUUAUGCCUCAGGAACUGUUUGGCUUGUUAAUCACAUUGAAAGUAGAGGUGGCAUGUAUCAUCAUCUUCUGUGUGUAAAUUGUACACUCAGUUUAUUGGUAAAGCUGAUGUUAAAACAGAUGUAAGUGAUAAUUUGUCAAAUUAAAUUAGAGGUUCUUCUACAAAA